UCAUCGCGCAGAAAGAGAGCGCCCAGGUUGGAGUAAAGCUAAUAAAGGAGUAGUUCAGAUUAGAGUAUAGACAGUCAGUUGGUUGGCGCUUGGUUGAUGGGGAACAAGCUCUUACGGUGUGUUCACAUAAAAAGGCAUUAAAUAAACGUUGUGAACCAUCAGUUUGAGAGACCAUCCAUUCAACCGGGACGCUACAAUGAUGUCUUUGGAAAGUUUCUUUGUGAAGCGGGAAAGGCCAAGAGAAGAGACAGGAGGAUGGAUUUGUCCCGGCUGUUCAGGCUGCUUGUUUCUCAGUUUUCCUCCAGGAUGGGUUUCUUCAGGUUCCUCCAGUCUGUCAAGAACGACCUCAUCCUGUUUUUAACUCCGUGCAUUCUCCUUCCUCUGCCUUUGGUGAUCGGGACCUCGGAGGCAGAAUGUGCGUAUGUGAUGAUCUUAAUGGCAGUGUACUGGUGCACUGAGGUACUUCCACUGGCUGUGACAUCACUUCUCCCAGCUGUCCUUUUCCCUUUGUUUGGCAUAAUGAAGUCUAAAGAUGUAGGCAUGCAGUACUUGAAGGACACUAAUUUGCUGUUUGUGGGAGGCCUGCUGGUCGCCGUGGCGGUGGAGCACUGGAAUUUGCAUACACGCAUCGCUUUAAGGGUGCUACUUUUCGUCGGUGUGCGUCCAGCGCUGUUGAUGCUGGGUUUUAUGGGUGUCACUGCAUUCUUGUCGAUGUGGAUCAGCAACACAGCUACCACGGCUAUGAUGGUGCCAAUUGUCCAAGCCGUGUUGGACCAGCUCAACAACAGUGACAGAGAAGUGCCAACGAUCCUCAGUGCAGACGAGAAUGUCCAGACAUCAGACGCUGACGGCAAGCCACCUGCGCAGACAGAAAAAGAGGCUGAGGGAAACGGCCCAGCAGUGGUGACUUUUUUAGACGCCUCAGUGGAGGUUGCCAGGCAUAAGGAGGCAGUGGAGAGGCGAAGAAUGACUAAAGGGAUGACCUUGUGUGUUUGUUACGCUGCCAGCAUCGGAGGCACCGCCACGCUGACAGGAACUGGUCCCAAUCUGGUGCUUAAGGGGCAAAUGAACCAGUUGUUUCCUGAAAAUGAAGAUGUGAUUAACUUUGCCUCCUGGUUCGGCUUUGCGUUCCCAAAUAUGAUCCUCAUGCUGACACUCGCCUGGCUCUGGCUGCAGUUUGUCUUCAUGGGGUUCAAUUUCAGGAAAACAUGGGGCUGUGGGGCAACCAAGACAGAAAAGGAGAUUGCUGCAUAUAACCUGAUCUGUGAGCAACACCAUCAGCUGGGGUCCAUGAGGUUUGGAGAGAUAAGCGUGUUGAGUCUCUUCAUUUUGCUGGUAGUCCUUUGGUUCACCAGAGAUCCGGGUUUUGUUCAUGGCUGGGCUACAGAUCUAAACUCUACAGCAGAAUAUGUGACAGAUGCCACAGUAGCAAUUUUUGUGGCCAUCCUGCUUUUUGUCCUACCCUCUGAACUACCGCGAUUCUGUUCACGUGGGACUCGAAGUGUCGAUACAACCACGCAACAGACCUCUACCUCAACACCCCGACUCCUCACCUGGAAAGUUGCCCAAAAGAAGAUGCCAUGGGGCAUUGUACUUCUCCUUGGGGGUGGGUUUGCCCUCGCCAAGGGGAGUGAAGUAUCAGGGCUCUCAAAGUGGAUGGGGAACCAAAUGACUCCUCUGCAGAACAUCCCUCCCUGGGGAAUAGCUAUCAUUUUAUGCCUAGUGAUUGCUGCUUUCACAGAGUGUACCAGCAAUGUGGCGACUGCGACGCUGUUCCUGCCUGUCUUGGCCUCAAUGUCUCAGUCCAUUGGAGUCAAUCCUCUGUACGUCAUGGUGCCCUGUACUCUGAGCGCCUCGUUCGCAUUCAUGCUGCCCGUCGCCACCCCUCCCAACGCCAUAGUCUUCUCCUAUGGACAACUCAAGGUUGCUGACAUGGCUAAAACUGGGAUCGUUAUGAACAUUAUCGGCAUCAUUUGCAUAACACUGGCCAUCAACACCUGGGGCAAGGCCAUGUUUCACCUGGACACCUUCCCGGCCUGGGCCAACGGCACAGGCGUCUGAACGACUUCUGCGACCACUCACCGUCUAUGCAGGCCCUCCUCCCCCAGACCGCGUCCUCAGGUGACAAACACCUGAAACCAGAGUGAAAGCAUUGGACCAAACAGUGAGCUUCAUGUGUUGUAUUCCUGUCUGGAUUUUAUGAGUGUUUUGUGAUGGAAAGUUGGAGGGGAAUUUGACUGGAAAAGAGUGGGUAACACAUGGCAAUAUUUAUACAUCACACUGAAGGGAUACUUGAAUGAAAGCCCCUGAUGCCUUAAAUUACACGGCACAAACCAAAUGCUGUCUAUUAAGUUGAAACCAGAAAAUAUGAAUUAUCCUAGCAGCUAGUUCUGGUGAUGUAAUUAAAAACAAAUCUCAUAUUUUGUAAAAGGCAUUGAAUCUUUUCAAUUUUGGGGGGGGAUUUGUUUUGGGUUUUUUUUGCAAACGUAGCCAGAUGUUUUUAAAAAAAAAUUAAUUUUAACAUACUGUAUAUUCAUGGUCUUGCAAAAUUAUUGAAACAGCUUGAGCUUUUGUCAUGUAACCACCAUCGUCAAAGUUUUAAAGUUGGAUUUUUUUUUGUCAGAUUGAAACAAAGUGUAACGUAAUAUUUGAAGUGAAAUGAAAAUGCAACGUGGUGUUUAAUUUUUGCUCUGAUUCUGGAAAGUGUGGACCUCUGUCCUCUAAACACAGUUCUGCUUAUACUAAGCACGUUAUUAAUGUAUAUACUGAAUGUAUAUGCCAUACUUUUAUGACUAUAUAAUUAUCCCUCUAUACUGCAGUUGUUUCCUACUGUGUGUUGAUCUAUCAAAGAAAUAGUUUGUGGCUGUGAUAUAAUAAAAUCUAAACUUGUUAAAGAGAUAUUAAUACUGUUGCAAGGCACUGUAAUUUAUUCUCAAAGAAGCAUUGUAUACUUGAUAUUUUAUGUAGUUCACUAAGCAAAUUUUUCUGUUUUAUUUAUUUUAUUUAUGGAACUUUACACUGAAAAGUCUACACACAUUUUUAUUGAUGGUGCAUAUAAAGUUCCCCCAAUGUGACCAAAUGUAAUUUCAAAAUUCCAUUUUUAAAUGUAAAUAAAUUUCAGAUAAUAUUCAAGACACUGUGACAAGAACAAUUCAACUUUAUAAGCACUUUUUAAAAUACAUUUAUCUGUCAAAUGCUGUAUCUCCAGUACUGUUAAAUACAUUUUUAGCAUCUGAUUUUGCCACCUUCCUUUAAAUUCAAGCAUAUUUCACCCAUGAGUGUUUUAAGCUUCUAUUUUCUGAACAUGGUAAAUAUUAUAACGGUUAAUGUGUGUUGUAAGGGGAAAAUUUGGACGUAUAUAUGAGACUUUAUUAAAUAAAUGAACCCAAGUACAAUUUGGACUUGAAAGGCUUA